AUGACCUCUUGCUCAAGAUGUGCCCGGCUCCCAGGGUCACAGCAUCAAGAGGGGAGAGUGAGAGCAAGGGUAAGAGAUCCGCAUCAGCCUUCGAGUAACCCAAUCGACAAGGUCGUCCAUGGCACGCAGACCACUGAUGCGGCUCGGUAUCCUCUGACCCACUCACAUGAAACUACCAGUUUGGCCAAACCGGUGAGUCAAAUUCAAAAGGCCGGCAGGCAACGGACUCUCCUCUUCGUUCUGACAAGCAUAUGA